GAUUAAUUUUAAUUCACAUUUUCUAGUAAAAGCAGCUAUUUACUUGAAUAAUGGCAACGCAAAGUGCAUUGACAACUUCGAACGUAAAUGUUGUAGCUGAUAGCGAGCCUGUGCUCCCUGAUUACUGCCGGUUAUGUCUUGCAGAAAAUUUGCAAAUGGUUGUUCCGAAAGAUGGCAAAGCUUACGCUCAACUGGCAACAAAAAUCAAAACUUGUUUGGAUAUAUCGAUACCUGUCGAGGAGCUAACUAAUUCAGUGCUGUGCAAGAAAUGCUACGAAUGUCUAGAACAGUUUCACCUAUUUAAAGCACGCUGCUCACGCCAUGCGCAAUAUUUGGCCAUGCGUAAAUCAUCUCAGCCAGAUCGGAAGCAAUUACUGCGAUACGGCGAAAGUUGGUACUGGUAUUCGUGUAUGGGGACAAAUUUAACCUCUGUCCACUGGGGCUGCAGUGUGGUCUGCUGCCCAGCUUUUAUAGUUACUUACCCUUCUGGGAAAGUUUGCACAAAAAAUGCCCAUCAUCUGCAUAAGCAGAAAAUGGAUGAGGUGAGGCAGAUUUACUGCAACGGCGAGUUUAUUUACGAUGGCUUCCGAUUUAGUUUUGAUGUGAUAACGCAAAAUAGAUCACUACUUUUUAGUUGCAAAAGUUUAAAUGACCCCACAAGCAAGUGUAAAGCAAUCUUAAUUACGAAUGAUAGAAGUGAAGUACUCUCGAUGGGAAUACACAAACAUGCUAGAGAAACCAUCAUAGAAUCAGCCGUUAUUGAUGCUGAAACUAACAUCAAACGAUCUAUCAUAUUAAUUCGUGGAUCAUUGCGCGAAAUUGCAUUAUGUGAAGGAUUUUGGUACGAGACCGUAUGUCGUCAAAGCAAUAUUUCCUAUUGGAAUUGCAUACGGAGUAAUUGUCUAGGAUCGAUGACCAUGACAAACGGAAUUGUCGAAUUUAAUGGCUCGCACUUCCACAAUCCUGUUUGGCUAAAAUGGGGUGCAUUAGCAAACAAAUUCUCCAACGAACCUAAACCCUCAGUGCUGAUGAAAGUGAUCAAUCCGCAGAAAAGAGGAAUAGGUGUACAAAAAAUAGUACCACCUUCUCCAGUUUCCAAACCGCCAGCACGAAUAGUGCAACAACCUAUUAAAACGGCACCGCUAUUAAGCGAAAAAGAUAUAAAACUCGAAAAAUCCGAUAAUGUGUUUUCAGAUAACACAAUACCUGUUGCAGCCGGUCGUCAACCUGUCAUUGAUCAGUAUUCCAACAGCGUGUUUAGUAAUCAUAAUCGAUAUUCGGAAACUGCUGUUGCACCCCACAUCGUUCAACCAUCGGCACUGCCAGCAGCGGCAUCCACAAUACCUUCGCAGCCUACUUUAAACAGGCAGGUUCAUACGAUCAAACGACCGUCAAACUCCACGGCUACAAUUACGAGCCAGGUGGGCAAACCUGGUCCCAUAAUACGCAGGCCAAAUGUUCCUCCAGCUGUGCCUGCUCUGAAAGGUAUGCCAAAAAUUCUUCACGUCAUGUCUUUGAAUAAAGAUGCCGUUGUGAUAGAACAACAAAAACAACAACAGGCACUUUUGGCGCAGACAGAGUUUAUCGAUGGCCUAACAGAUACAAUACCUGCUUCACAAGAUCCAGUGAUAAAACAGGAGAUAGAGUUUGAUGAAACCGAAGAAGAAGAACCUGAAACUAUCACGGACGAGAUAAUCCCAGCCUCUUCCGGAAUAACUAAACGAAACCCAGCAGCCGACCCACUGUUCAGUAAUAACAUUCCUAAUAACGAUCUAACGACACAAGAUACCGGGUCUUCUUUACACGCAACACCAUUCGUCAAUACCGUACAACCUGCAGUCGCACUCUCUUCUUCUUCCUACACCACAAAUUCCGUAAUGGACGAUGAUAACUUAUAUGAUCUUCAAGAUGACGAUGACGUUCCCCCUAUCGUUCCUAUUGAUGUCAGACCGUUUUAUAAACCUGUAAAAGCUGCGGAACAGAGACCGCCUACACAUGUUUCGCCUACCAGAGGCAUUAGCCAUAAAUUACAACCAAAUCCCCCGAGAUGUGCAGCCCCAAUUGCUAGGUAUCAGUGCAGUGGCCCAAGAACUGCCGCGAAUGACAAUCGUAAAAGUGGAUGUACAGUACCAAUUGUUAGGUAUCACUACAGCGUCUCAAGAACCGCCAAGAAUGACAGUGAAGGAUCAUCUUCUUUUGAAUCCCAAAAACGGUUUUCUGAUGGCGUAGAGUUACACGGUACAAUCGUUAAAAGAAUUAAAUACUCUAAAAUUGUUCCCGAAGAAAAUGCUGACCUCCUAACAGAAGACCCAAUCGCUGUACCGACGGAACCGCACGAGUUGAUUGAAACCGACAACGAAGAAAGAGAAGAAGGAAACACAUCGGGAAACGAACCUGCACAAAUUUCGCCCAGUGUAUCGCCUGUUCAAAAUUCUCAUGACGGUGAAAGUAAUCAGUGUCCAGGAUCUAGCGAAACCGAUUCGGCCACCGACGUUGGUUCGGUAGAUAUUUCUAACCAUAGCAAGCAGCCAUCACCCGUAGUUUCAAACACGGAAUCACCAUCUGAGCCAUCUGAUAAAAGAAUUCCACCACGGGACUCUUCAGUACGUGUCGUCGAUAAAAACCAGCCUACUAAAACAGUACAGCUGGUGAAAUUGCAAAAAUCCGAACAAAUGCUCAAUUACGAGGGGCAUCUUUACAAAAUUAAAUGGUGCCAUGAAAAUUACAAUUACUGGGAGUGCAUGUUGCGAGCGCAAGUGCAUUGUACAGCACUUCUGGAAACCAAAGGAAACGAUCAGAGUACUUGGAUUAAGUACGGGAUGCAUAAUCAUAAAGUACCCAAACCCAUUGCUAAUGAAGAAAGUGUUGGAAGAUAUCAAAUGCUUAGCUCGACCAUAGUCGCUAACGUAAAACUCAAGCAGAAGCAAACGAUACCCAUCGAAGAUAUCAAUUCACAGGAAGGUCAGAUGAUGUUUUUAAAUAAACGAAAAAUGUUCGGCUUUCAAAUAGAGCUCCACAAGACAAAGGCCAGGCUUCUCUUUGCUAACUAUACAUACGAAGUUAUUAAGCAAACCUAUCCGGGUUUCAGAUGGAAAUGCAUAAACUGCGAAUGUUUACUUGAUACUGACGAAAUGUUCAGUAUUGCUAAACAGCCUGGUGCAGCACAUAAUCACGGUCCGGUGAUGCCCGUGAUUGACUUACUACUCGGUGAUGCCGACAGAAAGAAAGAAAAAACAAAAUCUUGUGCAAAUGAUACCUCCGCUUCACCACAGUCAAGUGUGACCGAUACUGACAAAAACUGUAGACGAUUAGACAAACCAGCUCGUUCAGACGUCGAGUCGAAAGCAAAUAAUGAUCAAAAAAUCAACGAAGAUGAUGACGAUGGAAUUGAAGAUAUGUUCCCUAAAGCAAUAGAAACGGGGGAAGCAACGCAGCUAAAUCAACCAGAUGAAUUGUCCGAUGAUGAUGAGAUAGUUUUGGACCCGUUGAGUGGUGAGUUCUGUCGUAAAUCGGAUAUACAACGUCGAGAAAAUAGAGCACUCCUGCUAGGCAGUAAUGAGGAAGAUGAUGACGAAGAAGUACUAGAUCCGUUGACUGGUCAAUUUAGACGAAAGGGUGAUAUCGCUGAGCCUACAUUCCCUGACAUCGAACCCGGCAUAGACGAAAGUACACAGCAAUCCAAACCACAGGAGGACCUGCCGAUAGAAGAUUUUGAAGAGCUGCUAGAGGGCAUCGUUAACGAGGAUGCAGGUGUUAAAAAGUCAAAGAAAAUAAAUCCUAAAUCCUUGGCUGCAUUAAAACACGAAAUAACUUUCUACCAGCGAUUACAAAAACCAAACCAAGAUAGAAAUUUUGAGGUUUUACCACAAGACGAUGACACGUGUUGGAUUCGCUUCAAUCAGUUUGUUUAUGAACUGGAUAAGAUAGAUGAGUCGUUUUCGACUUGGAAAUGCUAUUUAUCACGACAGUAUGCUUGUCGGGGGAAAAUUAACCUUGAUGCGGAUUGUACUACGGUAACUGCGACCAAACUGAACCACUGCCAUUUGGCAUCUGAUAUGUUUUUGGCACGCUCACAACAAGAAGAAGGUCAGAUACUAGACUCCGUUUCAAAAACGAAUCGACAGUACACGUUUUACAAGCGACCAAAAAACGUUUUUCUUCUGAAAUUGGACGAUGGAUAUUUUUACAGUUGUUUGACGAUUUCGAAAACCGAUGUCAGUUGCUGGCGAUGCGCGCAAAGGCAAACCUACGGUUGCAAGGCAAUUAUAACGAUGGAAGGCAACUUCCGUUCGAUGGUCAGAAAUCGGUUUACUCACAGCCAUGAUCAACCUGCCGGCGAACCAAACGAAUCAAAGAAGCCUCGAAUGCUUGAAGAGUCGGAAAAUACUAAAAAUAUAGCUAAAGAUAAAGACGCCGAUAAGAAGAGCAGAAAACGACAAACACUUUAAAUUGUCUCGAGUAUUCACGGUCUUUGGUUAUUAUAAUAUUAUUCCUAAUUUCAGAAUAAUGUGUUCUUCAGUAAGAAGUUUUUAUUCAUGAAUAAACGAAGUUUUACCUCA